AUGACUGAAACAUGUCUGAAUUUUUUUCCACAUCAUUGGAAACCAUCUAUAUGCCGCGAUUGUACAAAAAUGGAAGAUGAGCAUGUGAUGGUUCAUAUUCCUCAGAUUGUUGGCAAGUCAUCAAGUAAAAUAUUAUUACCAUCACGUCAAACAACGAAUGAUAAUCAUCGAAAUCAUACAAUAAUAGUUUCACAGCAUGAAUCUGAUCAUCGUUCAGACGCUGAUACACAUCUACUUGAUGAUAAAAAAAAGAAACAAAUUUCAAAAUCAACCGAUAAAUUAAAACGAAAGAAAAAACGUGAUCAACGAAAAGAUGAUGAAUAUCGAUUCAUUGAAUUAGUAGAAAAACAGGUUCAAGAAUUGAUUGUACAAUUGGAUUUAAAAAAUGAAGAAAUAAAAAAAUUACGAUUAGAUCAAACUAAAAUGGUUCAUUAUCAUGAAACAUUAGAAAAAGCUUUAAUUGAGGAAUUAGAAUAUCGUGAACGACGUGAAUUAGAACGACAACAUAUUUUAACUAUUCCACGACGAACACCUUCAUAUUGGGGAUCUAAUGCUUUUUCAGAAUCCUAUCGAGAAAUUCUCAUUUCAAAUAAAUCGAAAGAGUUUGAUAUUAUUAAUAGUUUAGUUAAUUCAACUAUUAGCAAACAUGGAAAUCGAUAUGGAACUAUUAAUGGACAAGAUCCAACAGCAUUUGUAGUUAAACAAAUCAAACGAAUUCAAAAUAUACGAUUAUGGCAUGAGUAUUGUUAUCAAAAGGAUAGUAUUAUCAAUAAAAACAAUACUCAAAUAACUGAUUGUGGUAGUUCAAUAUAUUUGGAAGGCAAUCCAAUAGCAAUGCCUUUAUUAGAUAAAAAUGCAAAUGAAUAUUGGCUAUUUCAUGGCUGUGAUCAAACUCAUAUACCUGAUUUAUUACAAAUUGGUUACGAUCCUCGUAUAUCAAAUUCAUUAGGUAUAUUUGGUGGUGGUUUCUAUUUAGCUGAAAACUCUUCCAAAUCUAAUCAAUAUAUUCCAUGUCCUAGAUGUGGUGGAAAUAAUCGAUUUAGUCGCGAAGAAUGUUCAUGUCCAAAUGAAAGUGAUUUUGUCUUCUCAAUCAUUCUCUAUCGUGUUGUAUUAGGUGAUGUACAUAUAGCUUUUAAAUAUGAUAAAGUAAAAUAUUGUGAAGGUGCCAUGCAAAAUGGUCGACAAAUCAAUAUUCGUCGACCUCCGAAGAAAGCCAAUGGUCAUAAUGUUUUUGAUUCAGUAAUGGGUGAAAGUAUAGAAAAUGGUGGUAAUUAUUUACAACAUCGUGAAUUUGUUAUCUAUGAUCGAGGACAAGCCUAUCCGGAAUAUGUUAUUGAUUUUCAAAGAUCCACUGACGAUACAAAGCCAGCAAUUGAUAUAAAACGUUUGCAGAAAAAAUGUCAACAUUUUUUAAAACAUACUUUUCGAUCUGUACCUGAAUAA